UUUUCUAAUCUUUAUAAAUACUCACUAGUGGGCCUAUCUUCACUUGUUUCCCUUUUUGCUGAACGUUUUCCCUUCUGCUAUUUUUUGCAACAAAAUCUUAUCAAUCAGCUACAAUUGGGUUUCUAGGUAGCUAACAAGAGCUCAGAGCGCGAAUUGCGAUGUCGUCUUUUCUUUACCAUUUGGCUAAUGUGGGUUCCACCAGGCAGGUGGACGGAUGCCUCACACCAAAUUCUAUCGAGCCAGUGCGCAGACUGCAAAGCGCCAACAACAAAGAGAAUGAUAUGACUGAUAUCUCUGAAAUGGAUUUAGUGAAGAAAACAGACACUACAACAUCCAUCUCUACCACGGGAUCGUCUGAAAUGGCCUCCAGUACAAUUCCUUCACCACCUCUUUCGCCGUACACGAGAGCUGCAACUUUUGAUGAGAGCGAUGCUAGGUUUGCACAGCUGUUAUUUCCUAAGCCUAUGAGGAAAUCGUUAGCAGCAGAGCUCCCUAAACAGGAGCCACAACAACAAAAACAACAACAACAACAACAAUUUGUUCUGCGCGAGAUUAAUGUUAACUGGGAGAAGAAAAGAAGCUUCCCUGUCGAGGAUUUGAACGAUACAACAUUAUACGUCAAUCCUUAUGGGGACCUCAAAACGCCUGGUUACAAAAAGAGACAGCUCAAAUUUUUGAGCCAGUACCAGUUGAAUGUCGCUUCGAAGAAAACAGUGCCUGCUGUUUCCGCCAUGAACUACCGCUACAGAACAACACCACGUGUCAAGGAGUACGUGUCGAGCGAUACUGAGACUGAUAGACCGCGGACUAGAAGAUUGGUUCGAGAAAAUUCUGUGGCACUGGAGUCUGACGAUAAUGUCACAUCGAGACCAAUGACUCCGCGCAAACGCAAGCCGGCAGUGAAACGUCUCGACUCGCCGUCCACAGGAUCUCCUCCGCCAUAUAAUUUCGACUACAAGGCCAUUCCGGACUACUCGCCGCCAAUCUCUAGCCUUCCGAACAAUAGUCGUUGUUUGAAAACGGAAUGGAAGGGACACGCAAUGGAUCUAAGCGAAGAUCCUUUGGUCGAGGAACUACAUCCUGCUGAGGUGCAACUGGCUUCUACGCUGAGACUGCCUCCGAAUGUGUAUUUGGACUCGAAGAGGCGGAUUUUCUUCGAGAAGGUGAAACGUCUCAGGGCCAACUUGCCCUUCCGACGUACUGACGCGCAAAAGGCUUGCAAGAUCGAUGUGAACAAGGCCAGUAGGCUUUACGCUGCAUUUGAGAAAAUUGGAUGGUUGGACGAUUACAGGUUUGAUGAGUAUCUAAAGGAAUAGGAUGGGACCGGAUCGGGACUGGAAUAAAUUGGGAUGGAAUAUGCAUAUUAUAGGUUUAGUUUUUAUGGACAUGGUUUAUAGAACUCAAAGAAUUUGAUUCUCUAGGUGUGGUCAAUGUGGUGAUUUGCACUGUUUCGCUUUUGCCCGAUCCGGCGACGUUUCAUGAGGAGCCCAGCCACCGCGGAUUUUAGGUUGACAGUUAGUCUUCCUAAUAGGGACAAACAUAAAUACCUCAACAAUGAAAAAGGACAAUUGAAAACAGAAAAUCCUAUGUCUUCAGGCUUAGAUUUAGCAAACACACGCACUUUUCGUUCCUUCUAAACUUUUCGAGAGUGAAUUUGGAAUGCAAUGGAGACGUAAG